CACUUAUAAGUCACUUUGGAUAAAAGCGUCAGAUAAAUGACAUGUAAUGUAAUUUUGAAUGCAGGACUUUUAAUUGUAACAGAAUAUUUCCACAAUGUAAUAUUAGGCUACUACUUUUACUGCAGUAGCCUACUCGAGUAUUUAGCAGGACAACUUAAACACCAACAGAAGAAGAACCGAGCAGGAAACUACCACAAGAUAAAAGAAAAUAAGAUAAAAGAAAAUAAGAUAAAAGAAAAUAAGAUAAAAGAAAAUAAGAUAAAAGAAAACAAGAUAAAAGAAAAUAAGAUAAAAGAAAGAUAAGAUUAGAUAAGAUCAAAUAAAAUAACAUAAGAUGAUCCUUUAUUAGUUCCGCAGUGGGGAAAAGGGACAAAGUGCACACAAGAAACAGAAGAAGAAAACCCGGAAGAGGAACCAGAUCCACUUCCGCUCGCUGCGCGUCUGUUCCGGUUUGUUGCCAGUGACGUCAUGUCGGACUUAUUCCUCUUCGUGUCGCUUUUUGAUUGAUGUGAAACAGAUACUAACUAGCUAAUGCUGCUAGCCCGUUAGCAUAACUUCAGCAGUAGCAGCGGCGGCUGUAGGCCGGCAGCAUGAGCUCCUCCGCCGGCCUGCACACCCAGCUGGCCGCCGUCAUGGAGUCUCUGAUGCACGCGGCGGUGGCGGAGCUGAAGAAGCUGCUGGAGGACAAGGAGGUCCGGACCAGAGAGGAGGAGGUCCUCCAGAGGAGACAGGAGGUCCGGAGCAGAGAGGAGGAGGACCUCCAGAGGAGACAGGAGGUCCGGAGCAGAGAGGAGGAGGUCCUCCAGAGGAGACAGGAGGUCCGGAGCAGAGAGGAGGAGGACCUCCAGAGGAGACGGGAGGUCCGGAGCAGAGAGGAGGAGGACCUCCAGAGGAGACAGGAGGUCCGGAGCAGAGAGGAGGAGGACCUCCAGAGGAGACGGGAGGUCCGGAGCAGAGAGGAGGAGGACCUCCAGAGGAGACGGGAGGUCCGGAGCAGAGAGGAAGAGGUCCUCCAGAGGAGACGGGAGGUCCGGAGCAGAGAGGAGGAGGACCUCCAGAGGAGACGGGAGGUCCGGAGCAGAGAGGAGGAGGACCUCCAGAGGAGACAGGAGGUCCGGACCAGAGAGGAGGAGGUCCUCCAGAGGAGACAGGAGGUCCGGACCAGAGAGGAGGAGGACCUCCAGAGGAGACGGGAGGUCCGGACCAGAGAGGAGGCCACCAUGGUGCUGUUUGCGUCUGUCAUGGAGACUCUGGGGAACGAGGCUCUGGGGAAGAUCAUGAACGUGGUGGAUGACGCCGGACUGCUUGUGGAGCCGCCGUCGGGGAGCGGGUCUAGGGGGUCCAGCAGACCACAGACCAGCAUCCUCAACAUCCUUAAAAACGCACGUGUCGACGUGGAGCACUCAUACGGAGUCCGACUGGAGAUCUCCGACACUCACAUAUCCACUCAGACCAAACCAGAGAAGGAGGGAACAGAAAACCUGUUGGUGACCUACAUCGACCUGGGAGCCAUCGCUGAGAAGAGCCAGCACUCCGAAACUCACAGAUCCACUCAGACCAAACAAGAGAACGAGGGAACCGAGAACCCGUUUGUCCUGGCGGUGACGGUGAAAGACGAACACGGCAACAUCGACCUGGGAGCCAUCGCUGAGAGGGCUCGAGUUGAAGCUGCCCAGCCGGUGACCUCUGACCUCCAGCCGGAGUUUGUUCUGCAGAGCGACUCGUGGAAGUACUCCACGUGCGCGGCGUGUGGUAAAUCCUUCUCGUCCCAGAGCAGCCUGGCGGUUCACCGCCGCGUCCACACGGGAGAGAAGCCGUUCUCCUGCGGCGAACGGCAGAGCCACGCCCGGACGCACGCCAGAGAGCGGCCGCACGAGUGCGCACAGUGCGGGAAGCGUUUUUCCAAGCGGACGCAGCUGAAGACGCACGCCGUCGUCCACACGGGAGAGAAGCCGUACGGCUGCGAGGUCUGCGGCCGCCGCUUCAACCUGCCGCAGAACCUGCAGCGCCACACGCACACACACACCGGUGACAAGGUGUACGUGUGCGGAGCCUGCGGGAAAGGCUUCACCCGCGCUGUCACGCUGAAGACGCACCAGCUCAUCCACACCGGGCAGAAGCCCUUCGGCUGCGACCAGUGCCCCAAAACCUUCCGGCACGCCGUCAACCUCAAGAGCCACCAGCGGAUCCACAGCGGCCUGCGGCCCUACGGCUGCGACCUCUGUGGAAAAACCUUCCGCCAGGCGGUGAACCUGAAGAUCCACCGCAGGAUCCACACCGGCGAGCGCCCGUUCGGCUGCCAGCAGUGCGGCAAGACGUUCAGCCAGCAGAGCAGCCUGAUCUCGCACGGGCGCACGCACUCCGCCGAGCGGCCCUUCGCCUGCAGCUGCUGCGACAAGAGGUUCAACAACGCCAACAGCCUGAAGCUGCACCUGCGCGUCCAUACCGGGGAGAAGCCGUACGCCUGCGACGUCUGCGGCAGGACCUUCAGCCAGGGAAGCCACCUGAGGACGCACAAGAGGCACGUGCACGCCGGCGGCAAGCAGUACAUCUGUGACCGGUGCGGGAAGAGGUACUCGGACCAGCGCAACCUGAAGCUGCACAAGUGCGGCUAUGCGUGAGCGCUAACAGGGGGGCGGGGGUCAGACAGGAAGUGGACCCGCUCAACCAAUCGGAGCUCUUACAUGUUGAGGUUUCCUUUGGACGCUUACCUGAUUGGUCCUUGAGUCAGUUUGUUUAAAUACUACACUGCCCAUGAGCUCCACUGAAAUCUAAUACAAGUCCCGCCCACUGGAACAAUGCUCUCUGAUUGGUUGAGACCAAGACUUAGUUCUGCUCUUUAUGUUGCUGAACUACUCUGAAUGUGUACAUAUGCACAUUGAUGCAUUUUAUAAUUUUAUAGAUUAUAUUAUACAUUUGUUGUAAAAUAAAUACAUUGAAAUGUA